UUUUCCUUAAUCUUUCAAACUCUAUAUAAAAAAUAAGAAACAUUGUCUUUCGUAUGGAUUGUAUGCAGACAUUAUUUGCAUAUAAAAAUAGACGGAAUUAUAUUAGGUCAGAAGGUUAAACGGCUUGAAGGUGAAAUACAUAUGUAGAAGUGGUGCAGGUGAAGUGUUCUAAUAAGUUUUGUGCUGUAUUCUGUGGCCGUGAGAACCUCAUAUCCUACAGAUACUGCGUGGCUACGUUUGUAUUAUCUAUGGUGUUAACUAUGCAUGGCAGUACGUUCGUGUUCUCUGUCGUAGGCGGUUGGUUCUGUGAGAAGUAUGGAAAUGGUUUGGUAACAAAAUCUAAAAAAGCCAAAAAGGAGCACCUGCUCUGUACAAACCUCAGUCACUUUGAAGCCUUGGUAUCGUGUCUUGUUGGAAGUUAUGACCCCGUUGCUGUACUUCAGACCUUUGUUCUUACAAAAUCAGAUGGAAGUUCAAAGAGAAUUUGUGUAGAUAUUGUUGCAGAGAAGGGCCAGCAAUGGAUCAAAGUAAUUGCAAGGAAUCCAAAAGCCUUAUCCCAACUCUCAACAGGUGAAGGGGAAUUUGGACAGCGAAGUAUUGUAGAUCAUGCAGUAGAAUAUACUGAAUGUGCACAUCAGCAUCCUCAUAUUUUCAAAACUCCCAAGGUUGUGUUUCAGUUUGCAUGUGGUAUUGAAAAGACUUUAGCUGAUCGACUUGACUCAUUGGGUAUUAUUGUGUCUGGCAGAAGACUUGGAAAUAGUGAGUUACUACUUCAGGAAGGUGACUGUGUAAGUGCUAAUGAUGAUGAUGAUCUGCAAACUUGUGUAUCAAAGAGAUAUGCAGAUGUCCAUUGCUCCAUUGUAAAUUCAGGAACUAGUUCUGUGAUUAACUGCAAUCAUGAUGAUCAGAAGCUGAAUCUUGAUGUCACAGCCAUGCUGGCAUAUGUGUCAGGUUUGACGAAUGGAAGGUGCAACUUUAAGUUCAAGGAACCAGUGCUUACCCAGCAAGCAGAAUGGGAAAGAGCAAAGCCUGUGAAACCAGUGCUGGACCAACUGUUUGAAGGAAAAUCUUUGUUUUGCUGUGAAUCAGCAGUGAAAGACUUUCAGUCCAUUGUAUCAACACUCGGAGGUCCUGGGGAAGUGAGCAGAGCAAAUGAGUUGCUGGCCCGCAUCACAGUAAUUCCUGACAUGACAUCUCUUCGUGCUCAAGCUCAGCUAAAAUUGGGUGGAAAAAUCAAACAGAGAUCCUUGGCAGUUUUUGGAACUGGUGAUGCUGUCAGGGCUGUUACUGUUUCAGCAAACGCAGGUUUUGUUCGUGCUGCUAAAUGCCAGGGUGUGGAAUUUGCUGUAUUUGUUCAUGAAUCCCGUGCUCUUACCGAAGGAAAGGAGCAUGAUGCUAGAGCUCUGGUUCUUACAUGUGAUUCCAAAAUACAGCCUGUUGGUUCCGAUGUGAACAGAAGAUGAUACUUGUUACCAAGGUAGGGAUCAACAUUUGUGUGUUGUAUUAGUACUUUUUGAAGCUACAUUUAACUGCAGAACAUGAAACAUGCAAUUUAUUGUUAUGUAGUACAAGGCUGUGAAUUUAUGGGUGUCAGGCUCAUUAAAGUGGAAGCUGUAAGUCUCAGCAUUCCAGCUUCCAAUUUUAAUAAUGUUCUUUAGUAUAAGUACCAUAUAUUCUCACAAUUUAUGCAUUUUUCCCACAUUAUUUUCUAAAGUGGUUGAAUAAAUUAUGUAAUUUGUUGAGGAGGCUCAGGUUUACAAAUGAGACAGGUUAUUAGUGUACAGAAAAUUAACAUUGUGACAGAGGUAAUGUAUAAUUUGUUUAUUUAUUUCAAGUUUCAUUGACACAUUACAUGAGACUUAAUUAUAUAAAGUCACUACUCAAGCUGACUUUUUGCAACAAAUUUCUUUCACAUUCAUGCAUAAACAGAGACAAACAUUGCACAAAAAUAAAUCACAUUUUAGUGCAAAAUAUGGGUACAUAAAUUAUAAGAUACACUAUGGCGUUUCUUCUGGUGCCUAAUAUUUUACCUUGCAGACAUCUGACGGUUUUCUUUGGGGGGAGGUAGUACAACACUUUUGAAGAAAUGAGCAUUCCUUGAAAACAGAAAAAUUGUAUUUUCUUUCUUGCAAUUGUAAUGAAACUCUUUGUCUCAAAGAUAAGUGAUACAGAAGUGAUAAUAUCUAUUAUGGAUUGAUAUGUCUAACUUGUUAGAUAGCAGUGCAUUUAGCUUUGAGAAGAUGAAUAGGUCAUAUUUAAUUUAUUGGUUAAUAAUUUAAUGUUUGCUCAUUUUGUUGCUGUGGCUUCAAAAGACAUAUAUUCUGUAAAAAAUAAAACAUAAAUGAAAGUGUAAUUAAUAAAUUAAAGGUAUGUUAUAGCCAGAUAUUCCAUGUAUUUUACUAGGUAUGUGAACUGUUUAUUAAAAUUCAAGCUCUGUUACUUAUCUAUUUUCAUGUGAUUUAGCUUAUAUUUGUUGUUCAAGCUUACCAUUCCAGUAAGUUACAGAUACUGAAUUAGUGCAUCCACUCAUAACUCAGCAUAUUGAAAUAUACAACAUACAUGCAGAAUCUUAUGUUGUGUUAGAAUUAUAAUAUAAAAAUGAGGGGAGAAAUUUAGCAUAUUUUUUAAUAUAUAAUGUAAUUAGCCAUAAGUUGACAUGAUGUAACAGUGAAUAAAGAUUUUGUUAACUGGGGGUGAUUGUUUACAGAAUAGUUGAAUUUUGAAUAGAAGUAUCUGUAAUUUUGUUGUUACUUCUAAAGAUUGGAUUUUGUUUUCAUGACAGCUUGAAUUUGAAUUUAAUGAAUUCACUAAUAACUUCCAUUAGUGGCACAUAAUUGUUGUUAAGUGAUAAAGAACUUAAUAGACCAUUCAGUAUUUGAAGAUAGCUUAAAAGGUAAAACAAGCAGAAUAUAAAAAAAAACAUUAGUACGGGGGACGUUAAUACACGAGAAAACUGCAAUUAAAUAUAUUAGCAUAUUUGUAAAAAUAAUUUAAGUCAAUUAAGUAAAUUAUACUAUUAUAGGAUGUGAGGAAGUGUGACAAUUUUCGUCUCAUAAAUAAUGUACCUUGUAUCUGUGCUUUGCUGCCAGGAUUCCGUGACUCUGCUUCUUUAAGGCAAUCAGUAGCUUUACUUUCUUCUCCCAUUUCAUGAUAAGCUUGAGCUUUAUACAGCCAAGCUUUUAAAUUGUUUUUAUUUAAUCUGUGUGCCAACUCACAGUCAGAAAUAACACGAGAGUAAAGAUGUAAGUUGAGGCAUGUCAGAGCUCGGUUUGUAUAAAGUAAGCAGCAGUCCUUGACUUGUUCAAUUGCCUAAAUUAAAAUAAAAAAAGUCAGUUCAGUCUUGAAUUAAAAAGGUUUGUCCAAAUAUAAUUUAAAAUUUUAAGUCAGAGUUAAUCAUAUUGAUAGUUUUCUGUUAUGGAAAUGUCAUUAUGGCAUAUAGUUUGCAUUAGCCAAUUGGUUAAUCAAAAUAUGUGAAUUUAUGUGUGUAUUAUUUGGCCAUACCAUAGCUCAGGUAGCUGGUACUGGCUUCUUACCGUGGAAACUCAGGUUCAGUCCAAGGUGAGAUUCACGAUGGGCAAAGUGGCACUGGAGUAGGUUUUCUUUUAAGUUCUGUGGGUUUCCCCUCCUAAUCAUCAUUUCACCAUUGCUCUAUCCUUAUCCAUCACAGCCCCAUGUCAUAAUAACCCUGAUCAAGCAGCACAUUAUCGAACCCUCAGUCCUAAGUUAGGGGCUUUAUCUGCAACUUCACAUUUGCCUGGCCUGAGUAAAGGCAGUUCGUUAUGGAACACUCUUCAAUAAUGAUUAACUCCCUUAUAAUGUGAAAGCAGCAGUUUAUAUGCUUAAUGUCAGGAAUUGUGGGAGUCACCACAUUGUAUUUCAGCACACACAAGAAAUUGUGUACAUCAAUAUAAUACAAUAAUUUUA